ACUCAUUGUCUGCUCAUCUAUCUGAGAAAAGACUGUUGAGUCAAAGCUGUGUUUACAGAAGCUGAUUGUCUUUACCUUGACCCAACACAAACCUGCUGCAUUAUGUCUUUUGCUGCCUCCCAUUCACUGUACCUGUAUAGAAUCAUUCCUUAAAUUCUGCUUUUCAUUUACACAGAUGUAUGGGCGGUACACCCAGGAGCUGGGUGUGUAUGCCAAGGAGGAAGCUGCCCGCCUGCGGGAUGGAGGAGGAGUGCGGGAUGGCGGAGGACUGCGGAGGAACACCAGUGUUCGUAGUCGUGCUGCAGAUCUGCUGGAGUAUGAGAAACACCCCUGUGCUAAGUGCCAUUUGUGUGCGUCUCGCUGCCAGAAGUUCCUGAUCUCCCGGGUGGGGGAGGACUGGAUCUUCCUCAUUCUGCUGGGGCUGCUCAUGGCUCUGGUCAGCUGGGUCAUGGACUAUGCCAUUGCCUUCUGCCAAGAAGCACAGAAGUGGAUGUAUGGUGGACUGGACAGUAACAUGCUUCUGCAAUACAUCGCCUGGGUCACCUACCCUGUAGUGCUCAUCACUUUCUCCGCGGGGUUCACACAGAUCCUCGCGCCUCAGGCUGUGGGUUCAGGCAUUCCUGAGAUGAAGACAAUACUGAGGGGGGUGGUCCUGAAGGAGUAUCUGACCUUUAAAACGUUUGUGGCCAAAGUCAUCGGCCUGACCUGCGCCCUGGGCAGCGGGAUGCCCCUGGGGAAGGAGGGACCCUUCGUUCACGUCGCCAGCCUGUGUGCCGCUCUCCUCAGCAAAUUCAUGGCCGCUCUUUUCGGAGGGAUUUACAUGAUGAAAAUGGAAGAGCCCUUUGGGGGAAGCAAGAACGAGUUGAGGAACACAGAGAUGCUCUCGGCUGCCUGUGCAGUGGGUGUGGGCUGCUGCUUUGCUGCCCCUAUUGGAGGGGUGCUGUUCAGUAUUGAGGUAACAUCAACGUUUUUCGCCGUGAGGAACUACUGGAGGGGCUUCUUCGCUGCCACCUUCAGUGCCUUCAUAUUCAGAGUGCUGGCCGUGUGGAAUCAGGAGGAAGAGACCAUCACUGCUCUCUUUAAGACCCGCUUCCGUCUGGACUUCCCGUUCGACCUUCAGGAGCUGCCAGCGUUCGCCAUCCUCGGGAUUGCCUGUGGUUUUGGUGGUGCUCUGUUUGUCUACCUGAACCGGCUGAUUGUAGAGUGCAUGAGGAAACAGAAGACAAUUAACAAGUUCUUGCUGAGGAAUCCCUCUCUUCCUGUCAGGCGUCUGGUGUAUCCUGCACUUGUCACCCUGCUCAUCUCCACACUCACGUUCCCUCCAGGCUUCGGGCAGUUCAUGGCUGGACAGCUGACGCAGCACGAGUCUCUGGUGGCACUGUUCGACAACCGCACGUGGUGCCGUCAGGGUGUGGCCGAAGAGUUCGACUACAUCAGCCACCACCACGCCUGGAAACACCCACAGGUCAACGUCUUCAUCACACUCAUCCUCUUCAUCAUCAUGAAGUUCUGGAUGUCAGCCGUGGCCACCACCAUGCCUGUUCCAUGUGGGGCCUUCAUGCCCGUUUUUCUUAUUGGUGAAUAA